AUGGCAAAAGGCAAUCAUUCAGCAGUCACUGAGUUCAUCCUCUUGGGCCUAACAGACAAUCCAGAACUUCAAGUUAUUCUCUUUUGUGCAUUCCUACUGAUGUACUUAGUUACUGCCUUGGGUAACCUGGGUUUGAUUGUGCUAAUUCAGGUCAGUCCUCAGCUUCACACACCCAUGUAUUUUUUCCUCUCUCAUCUGGCUUUUGUCGAUUUCUGUGGUACCUCCAUCAUCACACCAAACACACUUGUAAUCUCCUUACGUGAAAUUAAAAGUAUGUCAUUUUAUGCAUGUGCCACUCAAGUGUGUUGCUUUAUCACAUUUUCAGUUUGGGAAUUGUUAAUGCUGUCUAUCAUGGCAUAUGAUCGAUAUGUGGCUAUCUGCAACCCUCUACUCUAUGUAGUUCUCAUGCCCAGGAAACUCUGCAUCCAAAUAGUCACUAGCUCUUAUAUCUAUGGAUUCACUGUGGGACUCAUACAAGCAGUGGUGACAUUCCACAUGUCUUUCUGUGACUCUAAUUCGGUCAACCAGUUUUACUGUGAUGAUGUCCCCUUGAUUGCUCUGGCCUGUUCUGACACCCAAGUCAAAGAGUUGAUGUUGUUAAUCAUUGCUGGGUUCAAUGUUUUCUGUUCUCUUACCAUUGUUCUCAUAUCCUAUGUAUUCAUUGCCUUUGCCAUCUUAAGGAUCCAUUCUGCUGUAGGAAGACAGAAAGCCUUUUCUACCUGUGCUUCUCACCUGUUUUCUAUUACCAUGUAUUAUGGGACCCUCAUUUUUAUGUACCUUCAGCCCAAGUCAAGUCACUCGUUAGAUAAAGACAAAUUUGCCUCAAUAUUCUAUACAGUAGUCAUUCCUUUGCUAAACCCUUUAAUCUACAGCUUGAGGAAUCAGGAGGUAAAAAAUGCUUUGAAAAAAUUUGUGGUGAAUAGAAACAUCAUGUUUCUCUGUCAAAACUGCUUUAAACACCUGAGAAUUUAUUCAACUCACAAAGUUCUAAAAGUACCUACAGGCAGCAUGUCUCAGUUACUUACAAAGUAA